CCUAGCACUAGAGACGCCCGUUCUUAUCACGGCAAACUCUAUCUCCGAACGCUUAUCGCAAAAAGUGACACUUCGUAAUAAAAAUAAACAAUGGUAAAACGCGUUCAGAAAUUCGAGUAAAGACCGAACAAGAAAAGUGAAGUGACUUCGACGUUUUUUUUUUGUUUACUUUGGGGUCUAUUUGUGCCAAGUGUAUUGUUUCUGAGUGUUGAAAAGUGUACGAGAAAUUAAAUGGGACACCGAGUGAUUAAUUUGCCGAGUUGCGAAGUUGAAAACAGUUUUUGCAGUGCAGAAUGCUUUUGUAAAGAACUUGAGUUGGGGAUUUUUGUUGAAAGCACGAGGAAAGAUUAUCCGGAACGAUGAACCCUUUCCCCGAGGGGCUGUGAAUGAUGGCGCGUGCUCCAGCCGCCUGCCUCUUUACGGUCCAUUUUCUCUCGUGCAUUAUUGUAUGUCGUCAGGACAGCGGUAGCAAUCGGCCGCGGGACCAGAGCACGGUCUCCGAGUCCUCCCGCCGGUUCCGUACAGAGUUCUUAGAGGACUGGCCGCAGACCCCCGGGGCGCCAUACUUCGACCCUAGCACGCCGGACAACGUGACCGGCCUAGUUGGACACCCCGUCACUUUGUUAUGCAAAGUGAAGAAUCUUCAGAAUCGUACUGUCUCAUGGGUGCGACACCGUGACAUCCACCUACUGACAGUGGGACGGUACACGUAUACAUCAGACCAGCGCUUCGAAGCGCAGCACAAGCCUCGCUCCGAAGAGUGGGCGCUGAGGAUCCGAAGCCCACAGAAGAGAGACUCCGGGCAGUACGAGUGCCAGAUCUCAACCACACCGCCUAUAGGGCACGCGGUGUAUCUUAAUAUAGUAGAACCAGAAACCGAAAUAAUGGGUGGUCCAGAUCUAUUCAUCUACGCCGGAUCAACGAUAAACCUGACAUGUAUAGUGAGGCACACGCCUGAGCCGCCCAGUACCAUUAAUUGGACGCAUCGAGGAAAGACGAUAAACUUCGACUCAACACGCGGUGGCAUUUCACUGGUCACCGAAAAGGGGAUACACAGUAGCAGUAGACUCCUUGUCCAAGCGGCGCGCACCUCGGACGCGGGCGCGUACCAGUGCGUGCCUGACAACGCGCAAUCAGCGACGGCGCGCGUACACGUGCUCACUGGAGAAACUCCAGCUGCCAUGCAGGGCAACGCACACUGUGCAAGAAGCCUGACAUUACCUUCGGUGUUGUGUGUCACCAGCAUUAUAUUAUAUUUAGCCAUUUUUGUGAUAUAAAAGAGAGAGUAACGCAAAUUAAUAUCGAAAACAUAAUAUUAUAUCAACCGAUCUCUCUUUGUAAAAUAUAUUUUAUAGUAAUUAAUUAAGUUUGAAAUGGAUACGAGAAUGCAGGUUUUAUUAAAAAUAUUGUAUAGUAGAGCUCGAAGGAAUUUACCAUGUUAUUUCAACAUAUUACAUGACAGUUUAAUUGGGUGAUUUUAUUAAUAACUGGCCCUCUUCGACUUCACUGAAGUGGAAACGCCGAGAAACCUUUCUCAGUAGGGAUUUACGCUUUAGAGAAACACUUUACACACAUAAUAUGUUUCCACUUUCUAGACCUCAGUACGUAGACAAUUAUAUCAGUCAAUCAAUUAUUUUUUAUAAUCUUACUGCCAGAGAGUAAGUUUUACAAACUACUCUGUCUCGGGGUGAAAAAUGUUUUUAUGAGCAAAUUGACCCUAUAACCACUCUAAGCUGCCUUCAAAUUACUUAGUACGCGUUGUAAAAACAUAUUCGCAAUAAUACCUUUAGAGGUAUUUCUCGCAGUGACUAGUUAAAACACUUAGGCUAAAGGCAUAUUGGGACAGAAUUUAGUAACGCGUAUUUUCUUAAAUAUUCCAAAUUAUAUAGCUUCUUUAUUGUAAUAUUAUUAUCAAGUACUUAUCAACGUUAUAUACAGUAUGUACCUAUAACAAAAUGAAAGACUUUGAAAAGGAUAAAUAAUAAUUAGUUCCAUACACUUAUUAUUACAUUAUUUUAGUAGAAAGUUCAAGUUUAUGCAGGGGAAGACCGAUAUGCUUUUGGCCUUAGUGGCACUAAACUGGUAAUAGUCUGAUAUGAUUUUAAGUUGAUCAUCGUACUUAGAACAAUAGUUUGCGUGUUAAAAUCGCUUUAUUAUUUUGUAUGCGAUUUGUGAACUCUGUAAAACAAUUGACUAUGAUAUACGAAUACGUUAUUUGAUAAAUUUUAAAAAGUAAUGUAAAUAUUUAUAAAAUAAUUACCUACUAUAAAAUUUGAAAUGUUUGUUUACGGUUGAGAGUUUAUUUAUAUUGUAAAAGUGUGUGUUGUAAAUAAAAUUGAGAUAAAGUCGUAGUUGUGUACUAGACAACCAAUGUAACUAAAUAGAUGCAUUAUUUUAUUAACAA